AAACUGGACGUCCACAGGACAUCCUGUGCUAUCUGGGAUGUUAUAGAGAGGUUUGAUUGGGGAGGUUGGCAGCACCGCGCAGGCACGCAGGCAGGCAGUAGGCUGAUGUGUGUGAACUCACUGUAACGCACGUACUAAUAAAUAGCUCUUCUGAUAUAAAAUAGAUAUCCUUUACUACCGAAUAUAACAUGGUGCCAGGUGUGGUAGGAAUGGUCUCAAUCUUCUGAAUACAGAACCAUUCAGUACAGAACCACGAAUAGCUUUAUAAUUCGGUGAAGUAAGGUUAGAGACGACGACCAUGAAUGCCGACGACCUAAACAGGAUAUUAACAGAGCAAGUCAAAGCCCUACAGAACUUAAAUCAACAAAUGGUUCAAGUCCAGUCGAAACUAAACAUUAGGAACGGAGAAGGUUCAGUAACGCAAUUACCUAACCUCCAAGCGAACGUACCGUGGCCUCAACCACUUAAUGUAGACAAAGGUGACGUCAGAGAAAAUUUUGAGUUUUUCAAGGACAAUUGGAAUAACUAUGCAAUUGCUACUGGAAUGUCGGCAUGGCCAGAUACACAAGAGAAACAAAAAAUCAGCAUCCUACUAAUAGCUGCGAUUGGAGUACAGGCGAUGAAGAAAUAUCUCAAUUUCCAGCUAACAGAAGAGGAAAAAGAUACCACAGAAAAUGUCCUGAAAAUCAUCGAAACAAGACUCACAACAGCUAGCAAAAAUGUUAUCUAUGAUAGGUAUCUUUUCAACACCGCAGUCCAACAACAGGACGAAACCUUCGACAACUACCUAAUCAGACUAAAAAAACUGAUUAAGAACUCUACGGAAACUUGUAGAGUACACGAGAUUACAGAAAAGCAAGUUAAUUCUAUGCAAGCGGACGAGAAGGUAAUAUCGGCGGUGAACAAAAUAAAUAAGGACAGAUGCACUACGAACAAGUCCAAAUUAUGUCGAUACUGCGGUAGCGCACAUGUAUUCGUAAAAGGCGCGUGUCCAGCAUUUGGUAAGACAUGCAAGUUCUGCAAAAAGAAAAACCACACGGAGAAAGUCUGUCACAUGAAAAAACGGAAUAAUCCCAAAGGUAACCAGAUCAACCAAACUUGACU